GGGCUGGGGGAGGCUGGAAGAACCAGGGAUGUGAGCAGCAACAACUGCCCAUACAUUUCACAACCUCCUCCUUAUCUCCCAACAGAAAAAAAAGGCAAGAAGUUAUUCGGAAAUGUCGAGUCACCUCCCUGUGCCCCUCACGCCUACAAUGAGUGAUUUGAAGCUUUGAAAAAGGGGUGUGAGGGAGGGGAAAAGGAAGAAGAAAAUGAGAUCUGCUGGGCAGCAGAAAGGACUUUGGAGAAAAGAGAAAACACAAACCAAACUCUCCAGAAAUCUCUCAACCGUCCAUCACCAGCGGUCGGGUGCGGGAUUCAGAGGGAGCUAUUGAAAGCACUGGAUGGGGAAAUAAGGAGAGAACCACAUCUCCCAGAGGGAGUCCCUGGUUGAAGAGUGAGAGAUUCAAGGACAGACUGAAGAUGGAAUAAGGCCAACUCACAGAGGCAGAAGAGGACUGCGCGUUCUCACAGACCAUCCCCCCAACCCCCGUCCUCCUCAGCCCCUCUCAGGCGCUGGCGGAUUCACAUCGGGAGGGAAGCCUAACUUCACAGGGUGACCAGGAGGAGGCGCUCUGUGAAAGGACAAGCGAAUGUGAAUGCUGCGCUAAAGGGUGAGGGAACCCAGACAGAGUCGGUCACCAGCGUGAACUCUGGCUUAGCAAAACAAACACUAGCUCAUAUUAGUUAAACAUUCCGACUUUGUUUUGUUUAUUAGAAGACACAAAGUCUGGAUACCAACUGACUGCGAGGGGGGAGAAAGACUUUGAGCGGAGUUAAUACACACCCCAGCCUCACAGACUUGACUUUGAGUGAAAGAAAUAUUCAAGAUUCUGAGGAAGGGUCACGGGAGCUGAAGCGUUAACUCUGAUUUCUCUCUCUCUCUCUCUCUCCAUAGAUGCUGCUGAGCUUUUCCAGCAAUUUCUGUCUUUUUUUGUUUCUGAUUUCCAGCGGUUCUUUCGAACAUCGAAGAUUUGUCCAUCUGUGUGUGUGUGUUUAAUCCUAAAGCAAGGGAUUGUGUUGUUGAUAAGGGGAGCAUUUUAAUUUGCUUUUUGUUUCUCUCUCUUGAGGGGCUGGUGGUUUCUUUUGCAAACCCCGGAGUGACUGAGAGCUGGGGGAAAGGGUGGGGGUGGUGAGCGGCGUAUAAGAUGGGGCAGGUCACCCUGGAGAUUGUGGCGCUGUUUCUCUCCGUAAACGGCUUGCUGUGUGUCAUCCUGACCAGCUCCCUGCCCCUUUGGAAGGUGCCCGCUUUCCAAGGUGCAAACCUGGUGACAGCCCAGCAGACCUGGGAAGGGCUGUGGAUGGAUUGUGUCUGGCAGGAUACCGGGGAGAUGGUCUGCAGCACCUUCGAUUCCAUGCUGAUCCUGGGUCAGGAGUUACAGGUAGCCAGGGCUCUGAGCACCACGGCCGGGGUGCUAGGGGCACUGGGCAUCCUGACCAGCAUCGCCGGCGCCAGCUGGACCCGGUUGGUCCAGGGGGAGCCCUGCAAAGCCCGGCUCCUGUCUGCCGCCGCCUGCUCCCUCCUGCUCACCGGUAUCCUGCAGCUGAUACCGGUCGCUUGGACGGCCAGCGGGAUCGUCAGAGACUUCCACAGCCAGUCCGUCCCGGAAGGGGUCAAGAGGGAGCUGGGGCCAUCUCUGUACAUUGGCAUGGGAGCCGCCGCCCUGCUCACUGCCGCGAGUGGGUUGCUCUGGUUCUCCUGUUACAGACUCAGGGUCCAGGCAGACCCUCCGACAGUCUACAGUCCCGGCCAAGCAAACUACAGCCAGAGCCACUAUGUGUAAGGGAGCGGAGGUGCACCAUCCCUCCCCAGCAGGAGGGACAAAAAAACACGAAGGAGCCUCCUUUCCAACACAACACUGUGGGCUCACCUCUCAGUCACCUAUACCUGUGUUUUACAAUCUUAGAAACUGGUAUGGCAUUCCGAAUAUCCAAUUCAUGCAGCUUGGAAACUAGAGACAGCUCAAAUAACUUGCAUACAAAUAAAUAACACUAUUUUAA